UUUUUCUCAAGCAUCCAAAGAGAUAAAUUUUCUUGCAACGUGCGAGUGAGGCAAGCAGCUGGUAGCUGAUGACAGAGAGAGUAUCGACGGACAAUCCGCCGCAGGAGGCAGCAGCAGCAGCAGUCCGGGAGCAGAACCCAGAGGAUGUGCUAUCGCCCGAAGUGAAGACAAUCGGCACGCAGAGUACCACCUCCCGGAAGGGGGGGAGUCGCAGCAAAAGGAAGCGCCAACAGGCAAAUAUGAUGAUGUGGGCGUUUAAGCGGAAGAAAAGUGGGCAGGCGAAUCAGGAGAAUUGCCAAUUGAGCAGGAAGCACUACCAGAAGUCGAGUAAUUUCAAGAAUCGUCGCCUUCAGGUCUUUCCCACCAUCAGUAAAUUUUUCCUUCCUGACAAACGUCCGCGCAAGGAAUUGAUUGUGCCACCGACAAAAUUCCUCCUUGGUGGGAAUAUUUCGGAUCCACUUAAUCUCAAUAGUUUGCAAAAUGAGGCAAUAAGUGCCAGUAUGAAUGCAGCAACACCCAAAUCAUCCCCAAUGACAACCCCACCCAAAGUUGAGGUGAUUAUUCCACCAAAUAUACGGGAUCCGUUGCACCUCCUGGAUCCGGUGGAUUCCAUUGAGUACGAGAAGCAAUUGAUUUCGCCCAUGAAGCGGCGCUCAAAGCAUCGGAAUCGCAAGAAGAAGAAGCCCAAUAAGCGUGAUGUAGCUGGUGGUGGGGAUGAUGCUGCUGGGCAGCCGGCUGCAGUUCAGGGGGCACGAAUGGGAAAGGAGGAGCCACCAGCUGAGCGUCCGCCGGAGGAGCAAGUAUCGGGGGAUGAGAGUAAACGUGCCGCCAAUGAGCGCGAAAGGGCCGUGCGUGAGUUGAAGUUGGAUCUCAGUGAGUGCGGUGGGAGGAAGAGGAAGACAAGUGAGGGACCAGGUAGUGGGAAUGGGAAACCCAAACUCCGACGAAUGGACUCAAUGGAUAAAAUUGUGAGUCCCGUCAUACCACAGCCGGGAACGUGGAAACGACCACCGCGUCCAAUUCCCACGGGCCCUGGGAGGAGUCGCACGCGCACCCAUUCACAGUCAACGCAGGCAGAUGAGUCAGAGCUACAGAGUCCCUUGGAGGAGAACAAGGAGCCAUCAUUCAAGGAGGAAGGUGGAGAGGUGAAAGCCGAAGUAGAUGCGGGGAAGCAGGAUGAGCAGGAAGAAGCUCCAGUUGUGGUGAAGAAGCCUCGUUUCAAGGGGAAAGAUGAGAGAUUCCAAUAUGGGAACUACGAUCGCUACUAUGGCUACAGGAAUCUCAAUGAGAUGAUGGAUGUACGCCUCAAGGUCUUCUCGCAGCAUCCCUUUCUGUUCCAGAAGAAGGAUAUCCUCGAUAUUGGUUGCAAUGUUGGCCAUUUAACCAUUGCCGUGGCAAAGAAUCUCAAUCCAAAGUCCGUAAUGGGUAUUGAUAUUGAUCCAAAACUCAUUGAGCGUGCCCGGAAAAAUCUCUCACUCUACGUGCGUAUUCCACAGAGUCCCAAAGCAGCCACGGAAACAAAGCCCGAAGACAAUGAUGCAAAAGGACACACAGAGGGGAAGAAAGAGAAGGAAGCAGGAGGAGAGAAGAGACGCGUGAAAUGGACAAAGAAACGUCCAAAACAGGAAAAUCGUGGGAAGAAGCCAGAAUUCUUCCCGAGCUCCUUUCCCCUUUGCUAUGGUUCUGUACCCCAAAUAGGUGCCCCCGAUGAUGCUGGGGCACAUGAUGCAGAUGCAUCAUCCAAAUUCCCAGGGAAUGUCUUCUUCCGCACACUCAACUAUGUGCUUAAAGAUGAAAGUCUCCUUGGGGCGGAUGCACAGCAGUAUGAUCUAAUAAUGUGCUUGAGCGUGACAAAGUGGAUUCAUCUGAAUUUCGGUGAUGCCGGACUCAAGAUUGCCUUCAAAAGGAUGUUUAGUCAACUACGACCGGGUGGAAAGUUGAUUCUUGAAGCACAAAAUUGGGCGAGCUACAAGAAAAAGAAGCGACUCACUGAAACAAUUUUCAACAAUUACAAAGCAAUUGAAUUUUUUCCAAAUAAAUUUCACGAAUAUCUUCUGAGUCCGGAGGUGGGAUUCAGUCACAGCUAUGCUCUUGGGGUUCCAAGGCAUCUAAGUAAGGGUUUCCGGCGUCCAAUUCAGCUGUACGUGAAAGGAGACUUCACCCCUAGUCAGGUACGAUGGAGUGAUGCACAUCAUCCACAGACCCCCUAUACCCCCUACCGUGGGAUCUAUGCGGAAAUGAUGCUUCCGCCACCACGUCUAAAUUCCGUCUACGGCCCCGAGAGUACGCCGUAUGCGAAUUGCGGGAGCUACAGCUAUCGCUACACACCGUCACAGAGUAUCUCAUCGACGUCACAGUACUACAACCCCCUGGAGACGGAUAGCUACCUCCCGAGCUAUGAUUCCGAAGUACCCGGACGGAGGUAUUGCUUUGUGGCGUCGCCCGUGUACAAUGGGGUGUGGAGCCCACCAGCAAGUGGGCGCAAUUCCACAUCUCAGACACCAAUCUACAGCAGCGGGAGCAAUAGUAUGCGGGAAUGCGAUGGGGAAGAGGGCUACGGCAGUGGAAGGCGGCAUGUGUAUCCGCCGGGAAUGAGUACGCGGAGUGAUGAGUGCGAAGGGGUGUCUGGGGAUAUUCAGCAUGUGUACGCUAUCAAUGAGGAUGGCAAUAGCUGUGAUAACUCCUCAUCGCCACAGAUAAACAAUCAACCAUCAGAUCCGGAGAAUGAAGAGUCCCAGCCACCUUUUGUCACCAAUCAAUCGCCGCAGUAGAUGAGCCGGACUACGACGCGCGGUAAGGUUGUGGAAUCUUGUGUACAAAUUUUCUAUUAUAUAACUACAAAACAUCCUCAUACCCCUAAAUCUACCCCUAUGUCCCCCAAAUGAUGGCAAUUUUGUAGAACUUUGCAUUUCACCCCGCGCCCCCGCAUUGAGCGAGCAUUUUACGCAAAACAACCAACUGUGGAUAAUGUUAAGCAUAGUUUCUCUUUUUUUUGCUGAUAAAAUAAAAAGCUUCCCAGCUUAAUGGA